GCGGCCAUGCCGGAGAUGCCCGCCGAGGCGGAGGGCCGGAAGGCCGCGGCCGCCGCGGGGGCCCCGGCCGCCGAGCCCCCGAAGAAGAAGGCGAAGAAGGCCAAGAACGCCGAGGAGAAGAAGGAGGAGCGCCAGAUCAGGUUCAGGAACUACCAGGCCAGGACGCCCGAGCUGCGCGACCUCGCGCUGCCCCGCGUGACGUCGGCCGAGAUCGAGGACGAGAUCGACGCGGAGAUCGCGGAGGCCAUCAGCGCCGCCGAGGACCAGGAGGCGGUGCUCGCCAUCGCCCCCCGCAAGCCGAACUGGGACCUGAAGCGGGACGUGGAGCGGAAGAUGCAGGUCCUGCAGGCCCGCACCGACCGGGCGGUGGUGCAGCUCAUCCGCCAGCGGAUAAAGGCCGCGCCAGCGC